AAUCGACGUCGACGGUAUUGUUUUUAGCAACGGAGUAGAGAAAAUCGGCAAAAAGAUCGGGCAAAUUUGGAAAACGGAAAGAGCACGAAUAUCGGGAAAAAAAGAGAUGACGAGUAGUGUAAAUUAAUCGGGUAGUUUUGGAUCGCCCACCUCUACAGUUGAUUGUUGUUUCCAAUGUUCAUUUUAAAAAGCUCCCAUUUUUCAACCUUUGCUUUCGAUUCUUUUCCCCUGGUAAAGAAUCCGCUGUCUUUCAUUGUCAGAGUUUUGGGUUUGGGCCAUUUUAGCAGCAGCUAAUAUCCCCAGUCUCUUGACUGCCAUUGCGGAGAUUUGAAAGAUAGAUAAUUAGUUAUCCCUCUGAUUCUUUUGCUUUUGCUUUUUUUCCUUUCUUCAAUCGUGCUUUUAGGGUUUUUUUUUUCUUGCAACGGGAAUCAACAUUUGCAGAAAUGUCCGUUGCGAAUGUUGCUUGGAGGCAGGUGAGUCAAGAGCCGGUUCCUCCUGCUACCGGUUUUUGCAAGAACCAAGCGGCGGCUGAUUCCAUCUUGAUUUACCUCUCGAUCGCCGGUUCGGUGAUCCCGAUGCGGGUCCUGGAAUCAGACCCGAUUGCCUCGGUCAAGCUUCGGAUCCAGACGUGUGAAGGGUUUGUAGUGACGAAACAGAAGCUUGUUUUCGGAGGCAGAGAAUUGGCUCGUAACGAUUCGCUUGUUAGAGACUACGGCAUUAAAGGAGGUAAUGUUUUGCAUCUAGUCUUGAAACUUUCCGAUCUUUUGCUCGUCACUGUGCGGACGAGUUGUGGUAAAGAAUUCGAACUUCAUGUUGAUCGGAAUAGAAACGUUGGGUAUUUGAAACAAAGGAUUGUUAGAGAAGGGAAGGGUUUUGUUGACGUUAAUGAACAGGAAAUCUUUUUCAAUGGUGAAAAAGUCGAUGACAAAAGGUUAGUUGAAGAUCUGUGUAAAGAUAAUGAUGAUGUGAUUCAUUUGGUUGUUCAGAAAUCAGCUAAAGUUAGAGCUAAGCCCGUCGAGAAAGAUUUGGAGCUUUCGGUUACCGCUGAGUGUGAUUCCGAUGAGCGAAGAGGACGAAUUGUAGGAGGUGAACAAGACAAGCCCGAGGGGCUUCAAAUUGUGACACAAGAACAAACUGUCAGAGAUUUUUGGCUGGAACCUGUUCUCGUUAAUCCUAGAGUGAAAUUGCCUUCAUUUGUGUGGGAUAUGAUCGAUUCGACAUUCGAAGGAUUGCUGGUAGGAAACCGGCCGAUCAGAUCAUCCGAAGGGACCGGAGGGACUUACUUCAUGCAAGACAACUUCGGGUUCGAUUAUGUUUCGAUUUUUAAGCCUAUUGAUGAGGAGCCUAUGGCUGUAAACAAUCCACAGGGGUUACCUGUUUCAACCAAUGGUGAAGGGUUGAAAAGGGGUACCAGGGUUGGAGAAGGAGCUUUAAGAGAAGUGGCUGCUUAUAUAUUGGAUCAUCCCAAGAGCGGACCGCGAUCUUUGUCCGGCGAGAUGUUGGGGUUUGCCGGUGUACCUCCUACAUGCAUGGUUCAAUGCUUGCAUGAAGGAUUCAACCAUCCUGAUGGAUAUGAAUGCUCACCUGAGAAUGUUAAGGUCGGAUCCUUGCAGAUGUUUAUCAACAACUCCGGGAGUUGUGAGGACAUGGGUCCUGGUGCAUUCCCUGUAGAGGAAGUGCACAAAAUCACCGUCUUCGAUAUAAGAAUGGCAAAUGCCGAUAGGCAUGCCGGGAAUAUCUUGAUCGGAAAAGGGGACGAUGGCCGGACUGUUCUUAUUCCAAUUGAUCAUGGCUACUGCCUGCCUGAGUGUUUUGAGGAUUGCACAUUUGAGUGGCUCUAUUGGCCACAGUCACGGCAGCCUUACUCAUCAGACACCAUUGCCUACAUAAAAUCACUAGAUGCUGAACAAGACAUUGCACUUCUGGAAUCGUACGGCUUGGAUGUUCCUCUCGAGUGUGCACAGACACUCCGAAUCUCCACCAUGCUUUUGAAGAAAGGGGUCGAGCGAGGCCUCACUCCGUUCGCUAUCGGAAGCAUCAUGUCCAGGGAAAACAUAAACAAGGAAUCUGCAAUCGAGCAGAUGGUUCAAGAAGCUUGGGAUUCCUUACUUCCAGGCGUGAGUGAAGCUGCAUUUAUUCAGAGCAUAUCGGAAGUCAUGGAUACUUGGCUUGACAAGAUUGAAAGAUUGAAUACACCCUAGUUCUUUUGUCAUCCACAAAAAUAACUAGGUGCAAUUUCUUUCCUGCUUUCCACAUUAUGAUGAGUCCAUUUUUCUGGACUGCAAAUUAUGAGAAUUAGGUGGCUUGACAUGCUUUCAUUUUUU